AAUUCAUUCUGUCUUUAAAUUACUCGAAAGCUGAUCAUCUCAUCAAGAUGUUAUCAACUACUCGAAUUGUCCUGCACCGUUUGAUGCAGGCGCGCCAAUCCACUAAGCUGCUGCAAUCUGCUCGUUGGUAUGGAGAAUUCAACGUCAACUUACCACUUGCUCAACCCAGCGUUGACAUGAACAUGGGCAUACCAGUCAAAGGAGAGAAGAUUUUGGCAACCUACGUCUGGAUUGACGGAACUGGAGAAAAUAUGCGAGAAAAGACGCGAACUUUAAAGAAAGACCCUGGCGGUGUACAAAAUUAUCCUAGGUGGAGUUUCGACGGUUCUUCUACGUAUCAAGCUUCCAAAGGAGAGAAUUCUGACAUGAUUCUAGUACCAGCGGCUAUUUAUCCUGACCCGUUCUUUGGCGGUAAUCACAAAUUAGUUCUUUGCGAAGUAUUAGAUGCGCAAGGCCAACCAGCAGCAACCAAUCAUCGUCACAAAUGUAAAGAAGUUAUGGAUAAAAUAGAUCAUACUGUUCCAUGGUUUGGAAUGGAGCAGGAAUAUUUAUUCUUGGAUCGAGACGGGCAUCCACUGGGAUGGCCGAAAUUUGGCUUUCCCAAACCACAAGGACCAUACUAUUGUGCUGUCGGCGGUGAUCGUAUUUUUGGACGUGAGAUAGUGAAUACACACUAUCGUGCAUCUUUGUAUGCGGGUCUGGCGCUAUUUGGUAUCAAUUCUGAAGUUACUCCUGGACAGUGGGAAUAUCAACUUGGAGAGUGUAGAGGUAUCGAAAUGGGCGAUCAGUUGUGGAUGUCACGAUAUCUUCUGCAUAGAGUUGCUGAACAAUUUGGAGUUACCGUCACCUUUCAUCCAAAACCUGCUAUCACUCGAGGAAAUUGGAAUGGUGCAGGAGCACAUUGCAAUUUUUCCACUGAAGAAAUGCGUUCUGAAGGAGGUAUAAAAGCUAUUGAAGCGGCCAUGCCCAAGCUAGAAGCAACUCACAAGGAAUGCAUUCGCGUUUAUGAUCCUCAUGACGGUGAAGAUAACAAAUACAGACUAACUGGUAAACAUGAAACCAGCUCUUACGACAAAUUCAAUUGGGGUGUGGCUAAUCGAGCAGCUUCUGUUCGUCUACCUCGCAGCGUUGCUCUUAAUAAAAAGGGAUAUUUGGAAGACCGCCGACCGUCAUCAAAUUGUGAUCCCUAUCAAGUUACACGAAUGAUUGCCGAAAGUCUUCAGUAUGUGUACAAACACCAUAGUGGUGUUCUGAACUCUGAAAAGUUUGGAGCCUAUGUUCCCGAUCACAAAGAAGGCGUACGUUUGCCUGUUUUAUCUUUUCGUUGUGGUUGUUCUGUUCUUGUUCGACAGUGUGAAGCCUGA